AUGACAAAAGCUGCAAGCCAACUUUUCGAUGUAACAGCCGACGGAAACGAGUUACUCAACUGUGCCGAGGAGUGGAAACUGUUGGUUGGGAAGACGAAGAUUGAGGCUCAGCGUGAGUUCAUUCAUAUGACUAACAAAAUGCUCACCAGGUAUGGAUGGAAUCCACCAGAAGGAUGGGUUUGA